AUGAAUAUUGGUCUCUUGGUCCACGUCUGUGUUGACCCCCAUCAAAAAGCUGGAUGGUCGAAACAUUUGGUGUUGAACUUGCAACUCAUUGACAUCAUGGGUGCCUACAAGUAUUUGGAAGAGCUGUACAAAAAGAAGCAAUCGGAUGUCAUCCGUUUCUUAUUACGUAUCCGUUGUUGGGAAUACAGACAAUUGAACGUCAUCCACCGAGCCUCUCGCCCAUCUCGUCCAGACAAGGCACGUCGAUUGGGUUACAAGGCAAAGCAAGGAUAUGUCAUCUACCGCAUUCGAGUUCGUCGUGGUGGUCGAAAGAGGCCUGUACCCAAAGGUCAAGUCUAUGGUAAACCAAAGGGUCAAGGUAUCAACCAACUCAAAUACCAACGAAGUUUGAAGACCACUGCUGAAGAGCGUGUUGGUCGCAAAUGCCCCAACUUGCGUGUCCUCAACUCUUACUGGAUCAACCAGGCAAGUGCCAGUUGUAGCUGCCGCUACUUUGUUUGA